GCGCGCAGGGGGCGCUGUGGCGGCGCGGCGCGGCGCGCGGGGCUCGGCGGGGCUCGGCGGGGCUCGGGGGCGCUCGGCUGGCUGCGCUAAAUCCCAGCUGGGGCGGCGGGUGGAGGCCGCGGCCCGGUGGUCCCCGCUGCGCGCCCCCGGCCGGGAGAGCCAUGCAGAUGGCCCACGGCGUCCGCUGCGCCUUCUACCAGCUGCUGCUGGUCGCGCUCAUGCUGGUGGCCAUGCUGCAGCUGCUCUACCUGUCGCUGCUGUCGGGGCUGCACGGGCAGGAGGAGCAGGAGCAGUAUUUCGAGUUCUUGCCCCCGUCGCCGCGGUCGGUGAUCCAGGUCAAGGCGCAGCUCCGCGCCGCGCUGGCCUCCGGGGGCGUCCUGGACACCAGCGGCGAGUACCGCGUCUACAGGGGCCUGCUGAAGACCACCAUGGACCCCGACGACGUGGUCCUGGCCACGCACGCCAGCGUGGACAACCUGCCGCACCUGGCGGGCCUGCUGGGGCGCUGGGAGGGCCCGCUGUCCGUGGCGGUGUUCGCGGCCACCAAGGAGGAGGCGCAGCUGGCUACGGUGCUGACCUACGCGCUGAGCAGACACUGCCCCGAAAUGCGCGCCAGGGUCGCCCUGCACCUCGUGUGCCCCUCGCGCUACGAGGCCGCUGUGCCCGACCCCCGGGAGCCCGGCGAGUUUGCCCGGCUGCGGUCCUGCUCGGAGGUCUUUGACAAGCUGGCCAGGGUGGCCCAGCCUGGGGUCAAUUAUGCCCUGGGCACCAAUGUCUCCUACCCCAAUAACCUGCUGAGGAAUCUGGCUCGUGAGGGCGCCAGCUUUGCCCUGGUGGUCGACGUGGACAUGGUCCCCAGCCAGGGGCUGUGGAGGAGCCUGCGGGAGAUGCUGGAUCAGAGGAGCCAGUGGGCGGGCACGGCGCUGGUGGUGCCCGCCUUUGAGAUUCGCCGGUCCCUCCGCAUGCCCACCAACAAGAACGAGCUGCUGCAGCUCUACCAGGCGGGCGCGGUGCGGCCCUUCUACCAUGGGCUGUGCACGCCCUGCCAGGAGCCCACCAACUACUCCCGCUGGGUCAACCUGCCAAAAGAGACCCUGCUGAGGCCUUCCUACGUGGUGCCCUGGCAGGACCCCUGGGAGCCGUUCUACGUGGCCGGAGGCAAGGUGCCCACCUUCGACGAGCGCUUCCGGCAAUACGGCUUCAAUCGCAUCAGCCAGGCCUGUGAGCUGCACAUGGCAGGAUUCAAUUUUGAGGUGCUGAAUCAAGGUUUUCUGCUUCACAAGGGGUUCAAAGAAACCUUGAAGUUCCAUCCGCAGAAGGAGGCAGAGAAUCAGCACAAUAAGGUCCUUUACCGACAGUUCAAGCAGGAGCUGAAAGCCAAGUACCCCAACUCCCCCCGUCACUGCUGAGUCCUUCCUACCCUUAGUCUGAGAAGCCUCAGCCUCCUUCUUCCUGGGGCCGACCUUCAGGCCUGACUGGGGUAAGAAGCGUCACUCCACUUGACUGUGGCAGCUGUGGUGUCAGAACACUGAACUUAAAUAUGGGUGCUGGGACGAAGUCCUAGCUUUACCACUAACUGACUGUGUGGCCUUGAGCAAGUCCCCCUCCCUUUCUGAGCCUCGGUUAUCCCGUCUGUAAGAAGGGAGGUGAGACAACCUACCUCGCAGAACUGUUGGGAGGCUCAGAUGAGAUGCUCUAUGUGAAAACACUGCAAGCUUCGUACAACUGUGAAGUGUCAUUAAUAUUAUUACAGUAUUAUUGUUGCUAUUAUGAACAAUCCCAGGUGGGUGCCAGUAGGAGAGCCGAAAGUGUGAAUGGCACCGAGCUUAACACAGUGGGGGGAUCAGAAAGAGGGAGAUGGAAGUCUUAGUCUGGGGGCCAAAAGCUAGAGUCCCUAGGCCUCCCUGAUCAGCACCUUCGGAGACUCAGGAAAAGGGCAGCAAGGCCUGCGGGUUCUGUGCCAGAUAAUCCUGGACCCUUGAGUGGGUCGGGCUGGGUUUUGCCUGCCGCUGAGCAUGUCAAUAAAUGAGUGUUCACACCUCCA